AUGUUCACCCCACUCACUCUCCUUGCCCUCCUGCUCCCCCUCACCCACGCCUCAAAAUCCAGAACCGUCAACCCAGAUCUGAACGCGCAGCUCCUCACCGCUGCCACAAACUACGACCGCAAUACCCUCCUCCCCGCUGACUCAGACUGGUACUAUGACUUCUUCAAGCACCCCUACUACAACAGUACGGUCGGCAGUGUCAUCGCCGCCGACGCAGCCACAUUCCCUGCCCUCGCGGGUCAGGGCAUCAGCAUCUCGCUGCUGACACUCGGGCCAUGCAGUAUGCUGCCCCCGCAUCUGCACCCACGGGCGACGAAUCUCGUCACUGCCAUCUCGGGGAACACGACUAGUUACAUGAUUGGGGAGAACGGGGUGAGGACAGUCAAGGUGAAUCUGAUACCCAUGCGGAUGACGAUCUUCCCGAGGGCGAGUCUGCAUGUUAUGCAGAACAACGGUUGCGAACCCUCGGUUCUCAUCAGCGCGCUGAACAGCGAGGAUAGCGGCACGCUCAAUAUCCUUAAUAGCCUCUGGACUAUCCCUCGGGAUAUCAUUCAGGCGGCCUUCGGAAAUGCGGGUCUCGAUACUGAGGAUCUGGGGGAAUCAAUCCCAGACGUGGGAACUGGCGCUGUUGCAGGUAGUGCGGAAUGUAAGCUGAGGUGCGGGAUUGCGUAA